AGAAACAACUGUUAUGACACGACAGACAUACAUCGAUGCACGUGUUUUAACAGAGGAAGUAGUAGACUUCCUACAUUCUUCGCAAUAGAAUGGCCUUACAUAUCUUCAUUUUUUCUACCGUCGUUCUCUUCAGCAAAGAGUGCAUGACUGAGACCUUGUUUGUGCAGAUGGGAACAUCUAUCCAACUGAAUAUAUCCAAAUUAACAGCAGAAAAUAACACACUUUUAUGGUCAAAAGAUAAGUUAAAUGUAGUCAGAUAUGAAAAGCCUAAAGAUCCAAAAAUUCCAGAUUCACACAAGAAUAAAGUGGUUUUCAAUUCUACAAACCUAUCUCUAACAUUGAAAAACAUGCAGAAGAAUGACAGUGGACCCUAUAAAGCCAUAACAAGAGGAGACUCAGACAUAGUUGUUGCUGAAUACAUCGUGUCUGUUAUAGAUGGUGUGGAUGCUCCUGAGCUGACUGUCAUCUCUAACUGGUCCAGCAGUGACUCUUGUACUGUAAACUUCACAUGUAGAGCUCAUAACCUCACACUUAACUCCACUUAUGAAAACAACAGCUGUUCUGUGGGGGGAGAUUCACUUGAAAUCUUCACUCUCAUCCUGAAUUGUACAGAGGAUUCCAUCAUCUGUAACCAUAGCAACCCUGUUAGCAGGAAGAUUGAAACACAGGAGGUUAAACAACUCUGUCCCCAAUACUAUAAAAACCACAAACAACAAACAGGUUCUUUUCAAAUACCUUGGUUUGUAUACCCCUGCAUUUUGGGUGCAUUACUGAUCUUUGGGCUUGUUUACUUCUUUUUUCGCAACAAAAAUAAAGGUCUGAAACAACUUGACAAUACAAUUUAUGCAGAAGUUGAGAGUCGACAAAUGCAAAGUGGCAAGAAAGAAUGUCACGUAUAUGAACUUCCAGAAAUGAUGUGCCCAACGGUGCAAAGUGGUAAUAAUAAACCCCAGACCACAUACUCCACAGUGGGACAACACCGAAAGCCUCACAAGAAAACACGGAAGCCCUCACAAGAAGUUCCCACGAAUAACAUUCUUUCCAUUUAUUCUGUGGUGUCUAAAUUGCCAGAUGUAUCACCUGUGGAUUGAUAUAUUUUAAAGUAUUGUUGCAUGCUGUGUUUAAUAAAAGCAGAUGUUGAGUCUGUCAAUAUACAGUUAAAGACAAAAUUAUUAGUGCCUUUGGUAAAUAUGAGCAAAGAAACCUGGGGAAAUAAAUCUGCAAUCUGUCUAGUU